AUGUGUGAAAAAGAUGAUGGGUUGGGGUUGGGGUUGGGUUUGGGGUUGAGUUUGAGUUUGAGUUUGAGAAAGGGAGAAAAUGAUGAUAAUAAUCUGAAUCAACUACACCCUUCCAACAUGCACAAAGCUCCUCAACCUGUUCCAAACCAAAGGGCUUCCUUCAAUAAUUUGUUCCAUUUCCAUGGUGCGUCUCACGUGACCGAUCGGAGCUCCGAGCCGCCGCCGUUCUUCUGCGGAAUAGACGUCAACUUGCCGCCACCACCACCGUCGAUGGCACGGUGCGAUGAGGACAACGGCGUGUCGUCGCCGAACAGCACAGUAUCGAGCAUCAGCGGGAAGAGGAGCGAAAGAGAGGAGAAUGAGAGAGGGUCGUGUUCUCGUGGCGGAAGUGAAGAUGAUGACGGCGGAGGGUGCGGUGGCGAAGGCGACGGUGACACUUCGAGGAAAAAACUGAGGUUGUCGAAGGAACAGGCCUUGGUACUGGAAGAAACGUUCAAGGAACACAACACUCUGAAUCCGAAACAAAAGCAAGCUUUGGCAAAGCAGCUGAAUCUGAGUCCUAGACAGGUUGAGGUCUGGUUUCAAAACAGAAGAGCAAGGACCAAGCUGAAGCAGACUGAAGUGGAUUGUGAAUACUUAAAGAGGUGCUUUGAGAAUCUAACUGAGGAGAAUAGGAGGCUGCAAAAGGAAGUGCAAGAGCUUAGGGCAUUGAAGUUAUCCCCACAGCUAUACAUGCACAUGAACCCUCCCACCACUCUUACAAUGUGCCCUUCCUGUGAGCGUGUUGCUGUCUCAUCCGCAUCCUCCUCCUCAUCAACUGCCAUUCCUUCUGCACCACCUCCGGCUCAUCGCAACCCGUUGGGGUCUACUGUCCAGCGGCCAGUGCCAGUCAACCCUUGGGCAGCAAUGUCAAUUCAACGCCGUCCACUGCCAUAA